CCAGGCGGAACUGUUUUCUUGCUGGUUACAGUGUUUGAGGGUUAAGUGCUGCCAGAGAAAUCACCAAGGAGGAGGCGUCUGUGUUUAGAAGGUGGAAAGUCAGAAGACUUCAAGAGUAUUGUCCUUCCUGUUACUGGUGGUCUGUAGCCAGAUAAUUCUGAUUGACCCUGACAGGAUUUUCUAAGAGUUCCACGUUUCUUUGAUCAAAUCCCAAGGAGAUAAGUUUUUCAUUUUCUUGAAAAAAAGGCAAAAAAUUUGUAACCAGUGGUAUUUACCAUCAUGGAGACCAAGAGCCCUAACAAUCCUCAGGAAAGACCCACACCCGCUACUAAUGGGAGGGCUUCAGUGGAAGACAAUAAAUUGUUGAUUAAAGCUACUAAAAAGGAAGACAUUGAGUGGAUCCAGCAAUUGCUAAAAAAAGGGGCUGAUGUCAAUUUCCAGGAUGAAGAAUGGGGCUGGUCACCUUUGCAUAAUGCAGUGCAAAGUGGCAACGAGGACAUUGUGAAUCUUCUGCUUAAUCAUGGUGCUGAGCCUUGUCUGCGGAAGAGGAAUGGAGCCACUCCCUUCAUACUUGCUGGCAUCGCUGGAAAUGUGAAGGUGCUCCAACUUUUACUUCCGAAAGUAGCAGAUGUCAACGAGUGUGAUGUUCAUGGCUUCACAGCUUUCAUGGAAGCCUCUGUGUAUGGUAGAGUCGAAGCCUUAAGGUUCCUGUAUAACAAUGGAGCAAAGGUGAAUUUGCAUCGAAAGACAAAGCAGGAUCAAGAGAAGAUUAGGAAAGGAGGGGCCACUGCUCUCAUGGAUGCUGCUGAAGAAGGGCAUGUAGAUGUCGUGAGGAUCCUCCUUCACGAGAUGGGGGCAGAUGUCAAUGCCCGAGACAAUAUGGGCAGAAAUGCUUUGACCUAUGCUCUUAUGAACUCUGAUGAUGAGAAGGUGAAGGCCAUUACUCGCCUUCUGCUGGACUGUAAGGUUGAUGUCAGUGUGAGGGGGCAAGGAAGGAAGACGCCCCUGAUCCUGGCAGUGGAAAAGAAGAACCUGGGUUUGGUGCAGAUGCUUCUGGAACAAAAACAUAUAGAGAUCAAUGACACAGACAAUGAGGGCAAAACAGCACUGUAUCUUGCUGUCGAACUCAAGCUGAAGGAAAUCGCCCAGUUGCUGUGCCACAAAGGAGCCAGAACAGAUUGUGGAGACCUUCUUGCCAUAGCAAGGCGCAAUUAUGACCAUGACCUGGCAAAGUUUCUUUGCCAGCAUGGAGCCAUAGAAGAUUUUCACCCUCCUGCUCAAGACUGGAAGCCGCAGAGCUCACGUUGGGGGGAAGCCCUGAAACAUCUCCACAGGAUAUACCGCCCUAUGAUUGGUAAACUUAAGAUCUUUAUGGAUGAAGAAUAUAAAAUUGCUGACACUUCUGAAGGGGGCAUCUACCUGGGGUUCUAUGAAGACCAAGAGGUAGCUGUGAAGCUAUUCUAUGAAGGCAGCACACGUGGACAAAAUGAAGUCUCCUUGUUGCAGAGCAACCGAACCAACAGUAAUGUGGUGACAUUCUAUGGCAGUGAGAACUACAAGGGCUCUCUGUACGUGUGCCUCGCCCUGUGUGAACACACACUGGAGAAGCACUUGGCCGACCACAGAGGGGAGGCUGUGCAAAACAAGGAAGAUGAGUUUGCUCGAAAUGUCCUCUCAUCUCUAUUUAAGGCUGUUGAGGAACUACACCUGUCUGGAUACACUCACCAGGAUCUGCAGCCACAAAACAUGUUAAUAGAUUCCAAGAAUGGUGCUUGGCUGGCAGAUUUCGAUAAAUGCAUCAAGUGGACUGGAGAUCCACAGGAAAUUGAGAGAGAUCUAGAGGCCCUGGGACGGCUGGUCCUGUAUGUGGUAAAGCAGGGAGACAUUCCUUUUGAGAGGCUGAAGGAUCUAAGAACUGAAGAGUUGAUUCAACGUUCUCCAGAUGAGGAAACUCGGGACCUCAUUCAUCACCUGUUCUUCCCUGGGGACAAUGUGAAGGCCCAUCUGAGUGGCCUGCUGGGUCAUCCUUUCUUUUGGAGUUGGGCGAGCCGCUACAGGACCCUUAGGAACGUGGGAAAUGAAUCUGACAUCAAAACGAGAAAUGCUAAUGGCAGGAUCCUCCAGCGUCUGCAACCCCAAACAUCUGAACUUUCCACAAGUUUUGCCCAGUGGACAACUAAGAUUGACAAAUUUGUGAUGAAAACAAUGAAUAAGUCUUGUAAAAAUGGCAAUGUUUAUCAGGACACUGUGGGUGACCUGCUGAGGUUCAUCCGGAAUUUGGGAGAGCACAUUUAUGACAAAAGGAAUAAAAAGAUGCAGUCAAGAAUUGGAGAACCUUCCCAGUAUCUUCAGGAGAAAUUUCCCGAUCUGGUCAUGUAUGUCUAUAGGAAACUACAGAACACAGAAUACACAAAGCAUUUUCCAAAACCUCACAUCUAAAUAAGCCUAGGUGUGAUGGAGGUGGUGGUGGUGAGCAGGCUGGCCAGCCCUAGUGCCUUUUGAAUUCAGGGAAGUACUUUUUUGCUGUGGAAUCCUGGGCGAGUCACAACUCUUUGAGCCUCUUGACAUUUUUUUUUUUUUUGGCCACACCAUGUGGCGUGUGGGAUCUUAGUUCCCCGACCAGGGACUGAAGCCAUGCCCCCUGUAGUGGAAGCACGGAGUCCUAACCACUGGACCACCAGGGAAUUCCCUGGGCCUCUUGACUAACCUGGUUGCUUGUGAGCAAUGAAUUGGAUAGCUGAUGUGUCAGUUCCUGGUGCCGUGCUCAGCAUUCUCCACGUUUACAACAAAAAAAGCAUAUGCUCAAACUACUCUAGUCCUUUUUAAGGGUAAAGCUUAGUGGCAGGAGCUGGGAGAGCAUCCUGCUAAGAUUCCUCUUGUCAACUGCACCAAAGGAGUGAGUUCCUAAACCUCUAAUGCUUUAUGUUUUCAUCAAUUAUCUCAUGUAAUUCUCCCAACAACCUUGCAAGAUAAGAUUAAUAUCCCCUUUUAGGAACUGAAGAGCCUGAGAGACUCAGGGAAAUUGAACUACUUGCCCCAGAUUAUACUACUUGCACAGAGCGCAGUAUAAAUGGACGUGGUGUGACUGUUACCUCUCACUCGGCACCUUAGAACUUAAUUACUAGCUCAGAGCUCUUCUACAUGAGAUCCAAAAGGUCAAAUGGGCUCUGGGUGGCUCAUUCAUUCAUUCAAUAUUUGUUGAGCACUAACUAGUAUAAGUCUAAGCACCGACGGUAUGAAAUGCAUUCCUUCUAGAAUCACCUGUGUUGGUUUUCUAUUAUGUUAAGGCUGUAUUUCUCAACUGUAGGCAAUCUUGCCCUUCAGGGACCAUCUGGCAGUUAAAAUGUCCAUCAACGCUGAGGGUAGGGGGUUGUACUGGCAUCUAGUAGAUAGAGGUCAGGGAUGCUGCUGAACAUUCUAUGAUAUGCACAGGAUAGCACCCCCGAAACACAGAAUUAUCCAGAAGAACAGAAUUAUCAGUGACACUGAGGUUGAGAAAUUCUGCCUUAGUGGGCUGUGUUACCUUUGAACUGGCUGGGAGCCCAGAACUGUGGAUUCUGUGGCUCACCUCACAGAGGCGUGACUCGAGUUUGAUGUCUUGCUUUUGGAUCUGCAGUGAGACAGGUCCAGUUUCACUCCCUCAGGAAGUCCUCUGAAUGCCCUCACUUUCCACACCCCUGUCUGAGUGUCCUCUCUGGCUCCCUAGCACCCAUGGCCACACCAGAGCAUGUUUCUCUCCACCCAGAGCAUAAUUCUUCCCCACUGGAAUGAUAUACAUAUAUAAUUGGCUCCUUAGGACCAAUGAUAUAUAUAUUUUUUUGAUGUGUAUCGUACAGCUUAGCAAAAUGUCUGCCACAUGGUAAUGGCCAAUAAAUAUUCAUUGAAAAAUGAAUGAUCCAUCUUCAUACAUGAGUAAUAAUGCUAGGACACAUUUUGAUGGUGUUUUAUAACUUAUAAAUUAUACCUGCAUAUUUUACUUCUUUAGUUUUCAAAAUAAUCCUGUAAGAUAAGUGUUGUGAUCCUCAUUUUGCAGAUGAGGAAACCAAGGUUAGAGACGUGUUGAUUUACUCUAAUGCAUAGGAAGAGUCACUGUCUGAAUUUGAAAAGAUUUUCUGGUAUGAAGUCUGAUGUCCUUUCCAGUUAUCCUCACUGUGGUGGUGAAGAUGAAGCUUUGUAAUGAGAGGAGCUGGGAGAAAAAACAGUAUCUUAGGUUCUUUCUGAAAAGGAGAUGGUCUCGACUUCCCUGGUGGUCCUGUGGUUAAGGCUCUGCACUUCCAGCGCAGGGGGUGCGGGUUCGAUCCCUGGUUGGGGACUAAGAUACCAUAUGCCACAGGGCAUGGCCAAAAAUAAAUAAAUAAAUAGAAUUUAAAAAGGAGGUGGUCUAAAAAGGGUGUCACUGAAUGAAAUUAACAAGUACUGGAAGAAACAAACUUAAGACUUUUCUUUAAGGUUUUAGGAGCAGCAAGGUUGCUUUAAGUUUUAAAAGUAAGAUUUGUUUUUCUGAUUUGUAGUGAGUACUUGGAUAUGACAAUCAAAUGCCCAUUU